AUGUCGGCGGAAGGGAGCGCAGACCUACCUAAGGAGGAUCCCGGUAGGGGUGCUAAUAACGGCGGAGCCAAUACCACUAAUAACAUCGACGCGCAAGGGCUAAUAGCCCUAAUAACAGCCCUUACUAAGACAGUUAGGGAGCUCGCUAUAGAGCUAAAACGCACCAAGACCCCGUCGCCUGUUCCACCCGGAUCACCCGGACGCAAAGGACUCUAUAUAGUCGGAUAG